CGUCGUGCACAGCCGGGGAGGCCCAGUCUUCAGUGUUUGCCCAGCUCUCAGACCGUCGUUUCCUGCUCAGAUUUGGGAAUUUUCAGGCCUAGAGGGAAAGUCCCUCGAGAGGAAUGUUAGAAAGACAACACCGGAUCCGCUUGGAGAGCGCGGAAAGGAAGGGAAGGAAAAUCCGCAGCGAGAGCGAGGCAGGGCGCGAGGCGGUGGAGGACGCGCUGCUUUCCCGAGUUGAGCACAGAAGACCAGGCGACUGGAAGACAGGCGGAGAAGCCCAGCCCGAGGGUGGGGGCGGGGAGGCGGCUCAGUGGGCCUCUGGAGUGUGUGUGUUGCGAGUGUGUGUGUGUGUGUGUGUGUGUGUGUGUUGCGCGCGCGCCUGGCGCCUGUCCAACGUAAUUUCCCAUAAACCACAUGCCUAAGUCGCUUAAAAAGGCUGUGCCGAGGAGCUGGCGGAGCCGGCUGGGGAAAGUGAAAGUUCGCCUGUUGCUCUCCGCGCUGUAGCCGGCUCUCCCCACUCCCGCGACAGCGGCCCGGCCCUCGGCGGGGCGCAGACUCCGCGGCGGCUAGCUAGCGAGCAAGCGAGAGAGGGCGGCCGACGCGCCCGGCCGGGACCCAGCUGCCCGUAUGACCGCGCGGGGCGCCGCCGGGCGCUGCCCUACCACGACAUGGCUGCUGGUCUCUAUCCUGGUGAGCAGUGGUAUUGCCCAGGGGACGGAGCACUGUGACAAAAUGAUCGGUGACGGACACCUGCAGCUCCUGCAGCAGCUGAUCGACAGUCAGAUGGAGACCUCGUGCAAAAUCUCCUUUAUGUUUAUAGAUCAGGAGAAGGUGGAAGACCGAGUGUGUUACAUUAAGAAGGCAUUUUUCUUGGUGCAAGACAUACUGGAGAACAUCAUAAACUUCAAAGACAACACCUCCAAUGCCAACGCCCUCUCCAACAUCCAGGAACUCUCUGUGAGGCUGAACAAUUGCUUCCCCAAGGACGAAGAGCAGGACAAGGCCUGUGUCCAAAAUUUCUCUGAGUCACCCCUCUGGUUGCUGGAGAAGAUCAAGAAUGUCUUUAGUGAAAUGAAGAAUCUUCUUAGAGACAAGAACAUUUUCAGCAAGAACUGCAGCAACAGCUUUGCUGAAUGCUCCAGCCAAGAUGUGGCGACCCAGCCUGAUUGCAACUGCCUGUACCCCAAAGCCACCCCUAGCAGUGACCCGGCCUCUGUCUCCCCUCAGCAGCCCCUUGCCCCCUCCAGUGCCCCUUUGGCUGGCUUGACCCGGGCUGAGGCUGAGGGGGCAGAGGACAGUUCCCUCUUGCCCAGCGAGCAGCCCCCUCGCACAGUGGACCUGGGCAGUGCCAAGCAGCGACCACCCAGGAGCACCUGCCAGAGCUUUGAGUCAUCAGAGACCACCCCAGGCGACGAAGGAGACCCCACAGGAGGUUCACCUCAGCCCCACCCCCCUCCCGGGGACCCUGUCCCUGGGUUGGAGGAUGUUCUCGAUUUUGUGCUGAGUACGGACUGGGCCCCAGAAGAGGCCUCUGGAGAAGCUAGUGAGGGUCUUGGACGCCAAGGGCCAGAGCCUUCCUCCUCCAGGCUGGGAGGAGGCCGUGCCCAGGCAGAGAGCACCAGACCCAGUGACAUCAUUUCAGCAUCUCCAUCCUCCGGGUCAGCCGAGGGCUGGCCACCAGCGGAUGGAACUGGCACCUCCCUGCCCCAGUUGGGCCCUGUGAGACCCACUGGCCAGGCCCGGAGUCACACACCUGAGAAGACAGACCAUCCCACUCUGCCACCUGGAGACCACCCGGAGCCAGGUUCUGCCAGGACCCCGUCACUGCGCCCGAAAGGCCUCAGCCGUCCCUCCACCCUCUCCGCUCAGCCAAGGCUUCCCAGCAGCCACACCUGGGGCAGUGUGCUGCCCCUCGGGGAGCUGCAGGGCAAGCGGAGCGCCAGGAGUGCCAGGAGCACCAGGGCACAGCGGAGCCCUGCAGGGCAGGAAGGAGGAGGAGCUCGUGAGGGGGCGGCCCUGGCCCACGCCCAUUUUAACUCCGUUCCUUUGACUGACACAGGCCCUGAGCCGCCCCCCGCACCCCAGCACCGUGAGUCUCUCAUCCGCCCGCUGGCGUCCGGGGGCGGCGUCAUCCUGGUCCUGCUGGCCCUGGGCGGCCUGCUGUUCUACGGGUGGAGAUACCGGAGCCAUCGUUGGGAUCCUCAGACAGUGCACCCUCCCAUGGAGCGACCCGAGGGCAGCCCCCUGACCCAGGAUGAGGACAGACAAGUGGAAGUUCCGGUGUAGAAGGAAUUCUAAGCUGGGCGCUCAGGACAGUCUCUCCACGGCAGGAGACCGCAGGGCGGGGGGUGCCCACCACCCUCCUCCUCAGCCAUUCUCCCGGGGACACAGCCUGCCUACCACGAGAACGCUCGCCUGCCCAAUGAGACCAGAGCAGCCAGGCCGGGGUCCCUCCGCCCUCGCCCCACAGACUCUGGACUGACUCGGAGGGAGCCGGAGGAUGCCCCCCGCCGAGCUGCUGAUAUUUAUCGUGGGCCCUGGAGGCUCCCACCCACGUGAGGGAGGCUGGCGAGCCCAGCCUAGCACCCUCCGCCCCUCAGGGGCUGCUCUGUCCUCCUACCCCCCCGCCAAGCCGGCCCCUGGGCCAGGGACCCAGAGGCCCGAGGAUGUGGACAGUAGGGUGGGCACUGAGGAAUGGAAGAGCCCUCGUGCCCAGAGGACCUGUUUGGUGCCAAGGGAUGGAUCCCUGCCCCAACAAGCAGGGACUUGUCCCGGAGAGAGAGGCAUGCGAUUCGCAGGGCGGGCCGGCGGCGGCCGGGUUUCCCGGAAAGGCAUGCGGCCCGGACGAUGGCGAGAGAAGGCCUGCUGGGCUCCGCUUGCCCGAGCGUCCUCUGCUGGUGCCCUCAGUGCCUGCCUGGCUCGAAAUGCCAAGGCGAAGACCAGGUCUGGCCCUGCCCUGCCGCCCUGCCGGCAUCUGCCAGGGCUCCUCUAGGGGGCUGCCCAGAGGCCCCCCGCCUGAAGGAAGCCAUUGCACUGUGAAGACUGAACCUGCCUGCUGUACGGCCUGCCCAUCCAUCCCGUGAACGAACAUCCGUCCGUCCUCCCGUCCCUCCAGCCUCUCCCCAGCUUCUGCACUGAGCGCCCGAGCCGGCCUCGCCCGUGGACCGCCGGAGCCCCGGAGCCCUGACCUUCUGCUGAUCCUGCCUGUGACUCCCUGGGGUGGAUCGGGGCGGGAGAGCUGCCUGGGCCGCCAGCCAGAGCAGGUCUCCAGGCUGUAUUGUUGGCCCAGGUUUCUGCAUUUUGCACUUUGAUGUUCCCCAAAGGGAAGUGACUAGUGGGAGGGAGAAAAGGGAGGGGAGGGCAGAAACAGGCACAGGGAGGGUCUUUGAAAUUAUGGGUAUGCCCCUGAGGUUGGGGGGAGGUGUCUGCACCCAUGGCCUCUGCCACAGCCACAGCUGCAAGGCCACUGCCCGCAGGGACCUGGGCCUGGGCAGGUGGUCCCUGUUAGGAGCCUGGUAGGCAGUGAUACCUCCAGCUCUCACCCCAGCCACCCACCCACGACUACCAGGACCAGGCGAGCCUGGGUGGGGGAGGGCCAGGACACCUGCUUCAAGUCUGCCUUGAGGGCCUUGGCUUCCUAGCCGGCCCACAGCUGUGGCUCCAGAGCUGAAUAGCAGGUGACAGGGUUAUCAAUGGCCCUUGGUCCCUUUGUGCUGCUGUGUCCCUCCUCUCCUGCUCCCUGGGCCCUCCACUUGGAGACCCCGCCUUGCCUGGGCCCUGGGCUGGGGCCCACGACCUGCCUCCCCCGCCCGCCCACUGCUGCCAGCUGAGGGAAGGAGGCAGAGGACUUCCCCACGGGGCUCCUCCUUCUCGCCACAGACUCUAGAUUUGAUGCUAGAACAUGUGUGUUUAAAAGUGGAAGGAAACAA